GUGGUCCCUUCCCUUGCGUAGUUGGAUCCUGUAUGCUUUCACUGCAAGCUACAUAGAUUGUGCCCAGCGACACACUCCUAUUGCAGGUUUCGCUAGCUUUCAGACUUUCAGCAUCGCACAAAAGGCCAGGAAUCACGACCGGGUUGCACAGACAGUAGUCAAGCAGAGACCGUCAGUUUGGCCUGUGCAACAUCGCUCACAACGGGUCAUGUGUGCAUUGAAGGAUGGAAGACCAUCGCAAACUCAGAGUCGGAAAGUUAUUUUUUGGGAUGUGAUGAGUACUCUGGUGUACGAUCCUUUCUUCAUUGAGGUGCCUGCGUUCUUGGGCAUGACGUUGGAAGAGCUGUACAAGACAAAGGAUUCUGCAAUUUGGGAGAAAUUUGAAAAGGGUCUUUGUACAGAACAAGAUCUCCUGGACGGAUUCUUUCUGGAUCGUAGAAAAUUCGAUGGACAGGGAAUGGUCAACAUGAUUGCUUCAAAAUAUGAAUGGUUGCCAGGAAUGAAGGAGCUCCUUAUAGAACUAAAGCAAAAGGGAUACGAAAUGCAUAUCAUCUCCAAUUAUCCAAUCUGGUUCAACCAGAUUGAAUCAAAACUUUCGCUUUCGACGAUAUUGCCGUGGUCUUUUGUGUCUGCAGAAACAGGACUAAGGAAACCAGACAAAGAAGCGUACCUCAUGGCUCAACGCAAACUGAACCUAGACGCAGGACAGUGCAUUCUCGUGGACGACAGCAAGAGCAAUGUGGAGAGUGCAAAGUCCUGUGGAUGGUUUGGAAUAUGUUUCAACGGAAGCUGUGGUACGUUGAAGGAAGAAUUGUAUAAGAUUCUCGAAAAUUCUGGAGACAGUGCGACAGAAAUCUAAGUGAAGAGAAAAUUAUGUAUCAGCAUAUCUUGUAUAUAUCUAAUUGAUACGCCAACUCCUUCUCCUACCGUUCUAUCUUCAACUUCCUGGUACACUAGAACAAGCCUACGAUGCCAGCAUUCAAUCUCAAUGAUCUGUUCCUUUCUAGAAAGGAUCAGCAAGCAUGUCCCUUCCCUCACAGACGACUCCUCCAUCCAUCUGCCCGUUCCCUGAGACUUCCAAUUCAAUCCGAGCUCUCCUCUGCUUCUUCAACAGGUGCUUCCUGAACUUGGGCCCCUUCGUCCAUCUUCCUUAGCAGUGCCUCAUGUUGUCGGACACGGUGGCACUCUUCAAGCGCCCAACCUGGCAUCCCCUCACAGUUAUACCUGCUGUAAUCGUCCACCUUAGUGUUGUAGUGUGGGGACGUCUUAAUCAUGACCCAUCUCCCGAGUUGUCCAACAGGAUUAAAGACCUUCCCUCUUCCGCACUGUGCGCCAGGAGGGCAGCUGUUCUCAGGCUCUUCUGCCCACUCUGUAGCCCACGAUGGCAACCGAGUUCUCUCUUCAUUGUCCAGCUUGUACGCAUCCCUAGCUCCUCCUGACCUCUCCCGAGAAAACGACCUUCCCCUCUGAACUGGUCUGUAGGGAUCGUAUCCGAGAAGCUUCACCUUGUGCGAAACAUUCUGGGCAAAGAGUAUGAGUCCAAGAGUGCAUGCCAUGGCCGUGAGGAGCAUCGCGCUCCCCACCAUCGCCAUUUGUCCUCGAACCAUCAACAUGCUCCU